AUGCGUCUGCCUGUCUGGCGGUGUGUGUUGUGUGUUUGAGGUCUGGUUCUCUUGUCAAUAUCACACUUUUUAUGUAUUAAUGCAAUGCGAUGGGAGUCUUGCAAACAUGGCUAAAAAACGAACUUCUUUAACGUUGAUGAUCCUGGCUGGAUUACUAGCCACCUGCGACGCGCUAAGAUGCAACUGCACGGAGUGCGAGGGCUACCAGUGUGUGACAGACGGCGCCUGCAUGGCGUCCACAUCCUUCAUCGGUGGCCAGGAGCGCCACAUCCGCAUCUGCAUCACCCGUGACAAGCUGGUGCCGCCGGGCCAGCCCUUCUACUGCCUGAGUGCCGAGGGCCUGCUCAACACCCACUGCUGCUACACCGACUACUGCAACAGUGUCAGCCUCACCGUGCCCACAGUGACGUCAAGGCCGGGGGAUGGCAGUGGCUUCGGCCCCGGGGGGGCCUGGGGCCCGGUGGAGCUGGUGGCGGUGAUCGCAGGGCCCGUCUUCCUGCUGUGCGUACUGCUGAUGGUGGGAGUGUUCCUAUUCCAGCAGCACCAGCGUGCCUACAGCCACCGGCAACGCCUGGAGGUGGAAGACCCCUCCUGCGACCACCUCUACCUGGCCAAGGACAAGACCCUGCAGGACCUCAUCUAUGACCUGUCCACCUCAGGCUCCGGCUCUGGCCUGCCCCUCUUCGUCCAGCGCACGGUGGCACGGACCAUCGUCCUGCAGGAGAUCAUCGGAAAGGGCCGUUUUGGAGAGGUGUGGAGGGGGAAGUGGCGCGGGGGCGACGUGGCGGUGAAGAUCUUCUCGUCUCGCGAGGAGCGCUCCUGGUUCCGGGAGGCGGAGAUCUAUCAGACCAUCAUGCUGCGGCACGAGAACAUCCUGGGAUUCAUCGCCGCCGACAACAAGGAUAAUGGCACAUGGACGCAGCUGUGGCUGGUAUCGGACUACCACGAGCAUGGCUCCCUGUUCGACUACCUGAACCGCUACUCAGUCACCAUCGAGGGCAUGAUCAAGCUGGCGUUGUCGGCUGCCAGUGGGCUGGCACACCUGCACAUGGAGAUCCUGGGCACGCAAGGGAAGCCAGGGAUCGCUCACCGCGACCUCAAGUCCAAGAACAUCCUGGUGAAGAAGAACUGCACGUGCGCCAUCGCUGACCUGGGGCUGGCCGUGCGGCACGAGUCCGUCACCGACACCAUCGACAUCGCCCCCAACCAGCGCGUGGGCACCAAGAGGUACAUGGCUCCUGAGGUCCUGGAUGAGACCAUCAACAUGAGGCACUUUGACUCCUUUAAGUGCGCUGAUAUCUACGCCCUGGGGCUGGUGUACUGGGAGAUUGCGCGCCGCUGCAAUGCUGGAGGUGUCCAUGAGGAGUAUCAGCUGCCCUACUAUGACCUGGUGCCCUCUGACCCUUCCAUCGAGGAGAUGAGGAAGGUGGUGUGUGAACAGAAGCUGAGGCCCAACGUGCCCAACUGGUGGCAGAGCUACGAGGCGCUGCGGGUGAUGGGGAAGAUCAUGCGCGAGUGCUGGUACGCCAACGGGGCGGCCAGACUGACAGCACUGCGCAUCAAGAAGACGCUGUCUCAACUCAGCGUGCAGGAGGACAUCAAGAUCUGAGGGGACAGCGGAGUGGCACGUUUCAACGAGACGCACAAACAAGUAUAACCACAGCAGCGGGAGAGAGAGCAAGAGAGAGAGAGAGAGCAUGAGUGCGAAAAUGACUUUUCAAACAAUCCUGCCAGUUUUAAAGCCACAAUCCGAGUUAUGACAAGGCCUACCUCACCUUUUCAGCCAAAACUACUGAGUAAUGACCCGCCCACUCCCUCCUUCCCCUCCAUGAGCUAACUUCCUUGCACCCCCCAACCCCCCCCCCCCCUUGGUAUUAUCCAUCGCCCCUCUCGAGAAACGGGCAAGGACUGCAACUACUACUACUUCAGCUACCGCCCAUUCGAUUUCUGUGUUGUUCGUGAUGGCAGGAAUAAUUGCUGUACAGUAAUAGGAUUUUGGUUUUUAUUUAAUGUUCUUAAUGUUUUGUUUGCUCUCCCCACAAGCAACAUUACCCCAAAGACAACUUCUCGGUUUUACUUUGUGUUUUUUUUUUUCCUGCUUCAUAGCCCUUGUGAGAAUGUGAAAAGGUGUCAGGAAUGCUGAAAUUUUAAAAUGUUUUGCGUGUUAUAAGUACACAGGCAUAGGUAGGAUGUGGAGGUUUUCAGUGGUAACAGGGAGCCUGUAUAGAGACACUGUCUCUUGCGGUGUAGACGUUGGCCUCCACAGUGUUGUUUUGAAGGCGGGCACGUUGACCGGGGCACGCCAGGCUGUUCCCCUGGUCUCCUCGCAAAGCAAUGGGGGAAUAGCGGAGGGGCCACACCCCUUUCUGCGAGGCUCCACGUGUUAUUUAUUUGACUCUUUCUCCAGGUUUUGAGCUUGGCUGGGCGCAUCUCCCUUGUCUUUGGUGCUCAGAAUUGAAGCCCCACCCCGACGGGGCAGCAUUUUUUCCUAGGGGCGUCAUUUUUUUUUCCCCUGCGCAGUUCCUCCUCAGUGCGUUACCGCCGCAUGUCCAGUUUGGACCGGCUCCCGUCGAGUGGCCACUUUCAUCACACACUCUUACCUCGGCGUUUUCUCUUUAAACCUGUCUACCGCUUCAGGGCAAGCCUCUGGCAGAGAGAAACGGACCAAUGCCUGCACCAGAUCAACCAUUUGGCAACUGCGAGAGGCGCCAGCAGUGUACUCAGUGGUGGUAUAUUCAUUAGUCUGCAGAAGCCGCACUUAUCAAUGAGCCAUACGUGUCUGUUCGAGGUCAAGUUGAAAUGUUACAGUAGUCUGGUUCAUCGUUUCAGCUGGGACCCUGUUUUAUUUAUUGGCCCUGUCCUGGUGUGAAUUAUUUGGUGUUUCUUGACAGGGAGCGGGAUGUAAGAGAGACAGGGCACCACCGUCAGCACGAGAGUGGAACUGCGGUCCGCUUUCGGCCCGUCUCUCGGUCCAACCCGUUUGUGCGCGCUGAACCUUCGCAGUGGUCGCGCCCGUGCUGACAAGCCCAACCCGUCCACUCGCGCUGGGGGUUUCGUGUCAGUGCCAUCGCGUGUCAGGCCCCGCAGCUCUCUCCGCAAUCAGGCGCUGAUGAUCCCUCAGUCCCGCUAACACCUCAAGCUGCACUGACCAAGUGAGAGAUUACAGCUCAGGCAGCAUUUGUCCAGGAAGUAUUCCACCACACCAGGCCGAGUGUCCUUUUGGGAGAUUGUGCCCAUGUCCACUCCAGAAACUACUGAACGGUACAGAAAACUUCUGUUUAUUUCCAAGUUUCCUUUUCUGCAGCACUCCCAGGCACAAAGUAGCUUUGUGCAAUUUGUUUAAAAGUGUGUGUUUUAAAUCUUUAAAUCUUUUUUAAAUUUUGGUUGUCGGGGAUGCUCGUCAUUUUGGCAGACCGACGGACUCUUGCGGUAUGCCACCACAGGGGGAUGAACAGCGGGGUGUUAUAGUGAGAAAUGGGGCUCCGCCGUGAAUUUGGGGGCCUCUGCCGUUGGUACUGCCCUACCUGUCCUGUAUUUACCGUACCGUCACACUACUUGACUUCUUGCUUAUGACUCCUGGUUUCACCUCUUUUUACCUCCUGAAUAUGCAAGUUGUAAAUAGUUUGUAUAAAGCAUUACACUACAUUUUUUGUCCAGUAUCAAUGGUUGCAAUGACUUGCUUGUUCACUACUUUUUCUGUUUUCCAUCAAACAGAUCUGCUGUAAUUUUGUAUAUUUUCUGUAAAAGUUAAAACUUGAAGGUACUGCUGAUCUUAGUUGCCCCCUCCAUCUUUUUCGAUGCUGUUAAUAUGUUGUGAUAAGAACACUUGAACCUGCUCUGCCCUGUAAAGGCUCCUUAUGUAUCUUUACACUAUUUUGUUGGUUUCUUUUGCUUUUUUGAUUAUGGGGUUUAUU